UUAAAACAUGGCAUCUCAUGAGUAUCGUCCAAGAGUUAUUGUGAAUGGAACAAGAAGAACAAGAACGUUCCAUUUCUUCUAUUGCCGGCAUUGUAGCCGUACCAUUAGGCUCCGAAACUAUGGUCUAUACGGUCCUAUAUGUCCUUUCUGCUCUAGAGAGAUCAAUCUCCAUGACGAGGUUGACAUUAUGAGGAUUAACCGACCUUUUUGGGAUACCGAUACCGAUUGGAUCACUCUCCAUCUUAUCAACUCAUCGAGACGUAACCGGUUCAGUCAUGAACUAGUUAAUGAUACCAAUGAUGACUUCGUUGAUGCCACGCCUAACGAACGUGUUGGUCCACCACCAGCCUCUUUAUCCGCCAUCGAGGAUUUAAAGACCGUGACGAUCACGGAAGAAGAUUUGGCAAAAGAGAAGGUUUGUGCGAUAUGCAAAGAGGAGUUCGAAGUAGGAGAGGAAGGCAAAGAGUUGAAAUGUUUGCAUUUCUACCAUCCGAGCUGCAUCGUGUCUUGGUUGAAUAUUCAUAACACUUGUCCCAUUUGUCGCUUUGAGGUCCACUCAGGCGAUUACGAAAGUAACGUUGACGGAGGAGUGUCUCACCAUGCCGAUGAUGAUCGAUCUGAUCGUUCUCGGAUUAGGGUUUGUUCUUUGUGGCCUCUCGGAAUGGUUUUUGGUUGGGUGCAUAGUCUUUUCGUUAAGAUUCCUCCUCCUGAUCUAACUUUCAUGGCUAUACUAUUAUGCUUUCAUGUUUUUUAGUAUUAUAAAUAUUGAGCCUUACUAAUAUACCUCAUAUAUU